GACCGCUAAUGGAGUGACACAACAUGGCAGCGCCUUAUAACAGUAAACAUUUGGAGAGAGGAUAUUUAAGAAUGGGAUAGAAAUAACUGAUAAGUUAACUCUUUGAGAACUCUGAUAACUCUUCGCGAACGUGUAAUAACAUCAGUUACAGGCAAAAAUGGAGGACUUGGAGAACCUGUAAGCGUACAUCGACUAUACUACUACGACAGGCAACAAACCAUGGAACAGGUGUAUUCACCCGACAUAAAAGAGGACAGCGAACUCAUCUACAGACACCGACAAUCUUCUCAUUUCAGUACAGACUUCCACUCGGAGCAGGUAAGCAGACAGGACAGCGGCAAGAAGCCGGAGGAGACGACAGCAGAGUCGGAUGAGAAAAAGAGCAACUUCAGUCUCUUCUGCGAUGAGCGCGGGUACCUGAACCAAGUGGAGUUGAUCCUGAAACACGGCCGCAAGAAGGGAGACCGGACCGGGACCGGCGUCAUCUCGGUGUUUGGUGCCCAAGCCCGAUAUAGUCUUCGAGAUCAGUUUCCUUUGCUGACCACCAAGAGAGUGUUUUGGAGAGCAAUUGUUGAAGAGUUGCUUUGGUUCAUUAAAGGAUCAACAAAUUCCAAGGAGCUCUCUGAGAAAGGGGUGAAGAUUUGGGAUGCCAAUGGCUGUCGGAGCUUCCUUGACAAGUGCGGCUUCACCGACCGAGAGGAGGGCGACCUGGGCCCGGUGUACGGCUUCCAGUGGCGGCAUUUUGGCGCAGAAUACACCAACAUGCGUGCAGAUUACACGGGACAAGGCGUGGACCAGCUUCACAAAGUCAUCGACACCAUUAAAAAUAACCCAGAGGACAGACGCAUCAUUAUGUGUGCAUGGAAUGCUAAAGACCUACCUCUCAUGGCGCUGCCGCCCUGCCAUGCCCUCUGCCAGUUCUACGUGUGCGACGGCGAGCUGUCGUGUCAGCUGUACCAGCGCUCGGGCGACAUUGGCUUGGGGGUGCCCUUCAAUAUCGCCAGCUAUGCACUCCUCACGUACAUGAUCGCGCACAUCACGGGACUCAAGCCUGGCGACUUUGUCCACACACUGGGAGACGCUCACAUCUACAUCAACCACAUUGAACCUCUGAAACUUCAGCUGCAGAGAGAGAUCCGCCCCUUCCCCAAAUUGAAGAUUCUCAGGAAAGUGGAGAUAAUCGAUGAUUUCCGUGCGGAGGACUUUGAGAUUGUGGACUACAAUCCCCACCCGACCAUCAAGAUGGAGAUGGCUGUGUGAGAGAUGUCAUUUGUAAAAAUGACACUUAAAGGUGCUAACAUACAUAACAUACAUAGGGUAUAAAGGUGUGUCCGUUAUAAAUUAUUUUACUUGGAUAAAUAAUACUUUGUGGUAUACUGCACAGCAUCAAACUGACAAAUGUUUCUAAUAUUUUGACAUCUAUGUAUGGUAGCUACUUACUACUUGACUGUAAGGACAAUAAUAAAUGUAAUAGAACACCUGACAGUGUCAACAGUGAC